AAGCCCCAACACGAAAAGGUGGAACUCUGGGAAUGGCAGAAAAAAAACAAAACAAUACAUAUUUGCGUAUUUCAAGCGUUUCAUAUUAGCCAUCCGACAUUGUAAUCUAUUGCAAGAUGUGACGAACGCGCCUCAACAGAAUCUAAAUGCCGCCAACAUCGCAACAGAAUUCCAACUGAAGCUGUUGGAGAGCAAAAUUGAAAGUCUAACCAUACUCUCACUGUUUUCACAGCUGAGUACAUGCACUAAUUGGUGGGGUCUGUCUGCAAGUGGAUAUAUAUAUCGUAUCAGUUGUUAAUCGUUUUAUAAUAGUUGAAAAGUUGUGCGCCCAAAUUAUAAACGGCGCAACUGGAGCUUUACUGCUGUAGAGUGUUUAUAUUUCGCGUGUGUAUGUGUGUGCGUGUUUGUGUUCCCUUGGUAUGUGUGAGUGGGUGUAUGUAUGUGUGCAUAGCCCUAGAUGAUGGCAUCAGUAAGCGCAUGAGGGUUAUCGAUACAGAGCAACAACAACAAUAAGCCGCAGCAGCAGCAAAGCGCUUAUCAACAAACAACACGUACACACAUGCAACAACGCAAACACAAACGCACACACACGUGCGUAGAUGAGAGUGAGCUGGCCACACACACAACGAAAGCAGGACUGUGGCGCUCUGUGUUGCGUCUUCUCUCUAGCCCAGGCAGCCAUAUGUGUUGUUGCCGUCGUCGUUGUCGUCCAAUAGCCGUAUGUGUGUUAUGCACAAAGCACAUGUAUAAUAAACAUAUUACUCUACAUACAAACGUCGUCAUUGCUGGAUUAAUACUUUUAGUUUUUGGUUAUACAUUCAGUGAUUUUGAUUUACAACUCUCAACUUGCCGCGCGCAUCUAAAACAUGAAGAAGUUGCUAUCUCGGCGCAUUAGCAGGCUGAGCAGUCUGGAUCACGUGGAAGACGCCUCUGGCGAGGAACAUAUGGACUAUGAAACAAGUGUCACCGCCACCAACAGCUCUGUGGCGUCAACAAAUCAAGCACAACCACAACAGCAACAGACGUCGCUGCCAGCUCCACAGUCGCUACAAUCACAAUCACAGCUGCCAGCUAAACCUCUGGCGCCCUUUGCGCUCUUCUUUCGCGACACAAUGACUGCGAUUAAGCAACAAAAUCCCGCCUGUACACUGGAACAAAUCACAGCCAUCGUGCAUAACAUGUGGGACACCAUGGAGGGGGCUGAGAAAGCGGUCUAUGAGCGACGCCAUGAGAUGGAGAAACGCGAUUACAUGUUGAAGUUACGGGAUCAACGCCUACAACAGUUGCAGGAAGUUACGCCACAACAGCAACCGACACUUGAAGAGUCUCAAACCGCUGCCGGUGUAGAACAGCAGCAGGAAACGACGGGCACAAGUCAAACAGCAACAUUUGCAGUAGAAGAUGUUGCGUCAACCGUAAACGCGCCAACAACGGCGACUGCUGUGACGCCUCAGCAACCAGAACAGAUACAGCUGCUGAAUGAAGCGGCAGCUGUGCAGAAAUGUACGCGUGAGUUGUGCAAUAAGCCAGCAAUAAUAAAUCCGGAUUGGGAGGACGAGUAUUGCAGUAAUGAAUGCGUUGUUAUACAUUGUCGUAAUGUGUUUAACGAAUGGGCGCGCGCGUUACAGUAUUCGCCACCGUAGUGCCAAACAGCAUUGCUUAUUGCUGGCCUCACUUCUACUAGGUAUUAACUAAAUAUUUAGCCUAAUAAAAAAUAUCGCAUCGCAGAGCAGUUGGAUCAACAGCAAAAAAAAGGCAAAAACAGCUGAUUGGCUAUCAUACACAAAUGCAUCCACAUUUAUACAUAUGUACACGGCACGCACAGCGUUGCCAUCUUACACAAAAAACAAAACGCAAAUAUACUGUUUUUAUAUAUACCAAAAAAAUGGAACAUUGGGAAUUGAAAACAUUUUCAUAGAGCGCGCGCAUUUAAAUAAUUUUAAGCAUAC